AUGACCAUCUACUACAUCGAGCCGGUGGAGCCGGCCCACCUCGCCGGCGCGCGGCAUUUUGCCGAGGGCGCCCUGUUCUCGGCGUGGGAGAAUAUCGCCUGCGUCAAGGAUCCGGCGACAGGCCUGACAGAGAUCGACCUCUCUCGGGUGGUGUGCGUGGCGAGGUCGCGGACCUGCGAAGAUCUGAGAAGCGCAGAUUUGCCAGGCCUGUCCUCGGGUUUAUUCCGCAUGUUCUGCAACGAGUCGAUGCCCGACCUCCUGAUGGGGAUCAUGUACCAAGAGCACCUAGCCGGCACCGCAGCUAAGGAAUCCGAGGCGGAGAUCCUUCUCCGCACCAAGCACGCUCUGGUGGACGCCACCGCCAAGUACCUGUUUACCUGCCCUGCCAAAGCGGGGAUGCUGCACACCGCGACGCUCUUCAUUCUCCCCGUCUUCUUUCUGGACUCCCCGUCACCAACACAGCCGCCCGCGCGGGCGCAACGCGCCGACGAGGGGGACGAGACCCGGUCGCAGGCUGCGUCGAGCGUGGUGUCAAGCGCUAAGCGGGCGCGGGAGGAGGAACUAGAGCCGGACCUCGCUUCUCUUCUCCAGGCGAUCGAGGGGGAGGACAAGCAGCAGCCGGCGGCUACAAGCGGAAAAGCGCCGGCGAAGAAGAAGUUGCUGACCAGUGUAUCCAUCGGCACUCAGGUGAGAAAUGGGCGGAUGCUUUGGGGGCCCACCCUUUACUAG